UCGGCUAGUGUGGUAGUUGGUUGGUAUUUGUUCUGCAAUAAUUUGUGGCAUUCUCAGAAAUAUAGAGCUUCAUCAUACUUAUUCUCCACAUUCAUCUUACAUACGUCAUCAUUCAGAGAAUGUGAACGCUUCCAUAACCCAACAAGAUCGUGAAUGUGAAUCAGAUUUGAAUGAAAAGCAGUCGAAUCACUCUUUACAUUAGAAUAUUAAUUCGGUGUGUGGUGUCUUUUUCAUUUGUGGUUUGCAUUUUCGGAUCCUAUUUAAAUAGGAGGGAGGCAGGGAGCGGGUAGAAUAGACACCGUGCGUGCAUCGAAACCACGCUCAAUUGAAGGAGAAACAAACCCCAGGGUGAGAGAGUCGUCGUGGUGUAGGAGAGGAGCGGGGGAGCAGCAGCAGCAGCAGAGAUGAAUGUUGACGAGGUGGCUCGGGAGGAGGAGGGUGGCCCAGGCAGCAUGCAGAAUGUCUUGGGCACCGACCAGUGUGCACCUGACGACGAAGAAAUGGUGGACGCUGAGCGAGAUUUGGCUGAAGAUGCACAGUGGAAGAAGAUUCAACAAAACACCUUCACCCGGUGGGCGAACGAACAUCUUAAAACUGUGUUCAAAAAUGUGGGCAAUUUGGAAACCGACCUUUCCGAUGGACUCCGGUUGAUCGGUCUCAUCGAAGUGCUCUCCGGCAAACAACUCCCCAAACACAACAAGAGACCCAACUUCCGUUCACAAAAGUUGGAAAAUGUGUCGGUGGCUCUGGAGUUUCUGGAGAAAGCUGAAGGGAUCCGGAUCGUAAACAUUGAUUCAUCGGAUAUUGUCGAUUGUAAACUAAAGCUGAUUUUGGGUCUGAUAUGGACACUUAUUUUGCACUACUCGAUCUCCAUGCCCGUCUGGGAAGGGGAGGAGGACUACCCACAACAGCAAGGGGACAAAGGACCCACGCCAAAACAAAGACUUCUUCACUGGGUUCAAAGCAAAAUUCCCGACCUUCCAAUCAACAAUUUCACCUCGGAUUGGAACGAUGGACGAGCAGUGGGAGCUUUAGUGGAUGCCGUUGCCCCAGGUUUAUGUCCGGAUUGGCCCGAUUGGAAUCCUAAGGAUGCUUUGCAAAAUGCAUCGGAAGCGAUGGGUUUGGCGGACGACUGGCUCAAUGUUCGUCAGCUCAUUAGACCAGAGGAGUUGAUAAAUCCAAAUAUUGAUGAACAGUCCAUGAUGACUUACUUGUCUCAAUACCCAAGUGCCAAAUUGACGAUUGGUGCCCCAAUCAGACAACGUACCAACCCCAACAGUGAUGCACCACCAAGAGUAAGAGCUUACGGGCCUGGGAUAGAGCCGACGGGUCAAUUGGUUGGAGGAGCAGCCAAUUUCACCGUGGAGACUUUCUCUGCAGGAAAAGGUGACGUGACUGUGAUUGUGGACGGCCCAAGGGGAGAAAAAUUACCGGUGGACAUCAAAUUUAACAACGACAGGAAUCUCACAUACAGCAUAUCAUACACCCCGAAAUCCGAGGGACCACACACUGUCUCCAUAUCUUUUGCUGGUAAACCAAUUCCGAAAUCGCCGUUUAGUGUUCUAGUGGAAGGGCAUGCUGGAGAUGCUUCCAAAGUGACUGCAAGCGGUCCGGGACUGGAGCCUGAAGGAGUGGUGGUUGGGAGGCCGACGUACUUUGACGUAUUUACAAAAGACGCUGGGAAAGGUGUUCCUGAAGUUGUAAUUCUCGAUCCAAGUGGUGCAAAGAACACGGUGCCUGUGAAGCUGCGUCAACUUAGUCAGGACGUAUGGCGUUGUGAAUACGCAAGUUCAGUAGUCGGCGUGCAUUCCGUUAACGUCUUUUUUGCCGGCCAGUCAAUUCCUAAAAACCCAUUCGGCGUAUCUGUCGCUCCUGUUUGUGAUGCCAAAAAAGUGAGAGCUUCAGGCAGAGGACUGCAACCAAAAGGUGUUCGAGUGAAGGAUGACGCAGAUUUUAAAAUUUACACGGAGGGUGCUGGAGAAGGGACUGUAGACGUGAGAAUCAUCGGACCAGGAGGACUAAAUGAACCUAUAACGAUACGGAAAACGUCUGGGUCCGUCUACGAAGCCGUGUACCAUCCGAAAAAGGAGGGUCGCUACGUGAUAAUGAUAACUUAUGGUGGCCAGGAAGUUACAAGAUCACCGUUCGAGGUGAAUGUUGGCCCUUAUAAAGAAUCAGCGAUUAAAGCCUAUGGACCUGGUCUGUCUGGCGGAGUGGUCGGAUACCCUGCGUUGUUCACGGUAGAAACUAAUGGAGAAACAGGUGCCUUAGGUUUUAGUAUAGAAGGGCCCUCUCAAGCCAAAAUCGAUUGUCACGAUAACGGUGAUGGGUCAGCGGAUGUGCGCUAUCUGCCCACGGUUCCUGGGGAGUAUGCAGUGCAUAUUUUGUGUGACGAUGAAGACAUUCCCAAAUCCCCUUAUAUUGCUCACAUUAUGCCCAAGGGAAACGAUUUCCAACCAGAAUUAGUAAAGUGCCAUGGUCCUGGCCUCGAGCCAACUGGAUGUUCAACCAACAAGCCUGCAGAGUUCACCGUGGACACUCGGUUAGGAGGUUCUGCCCCACUUGAAGUCACUGUCAUGGACGCCAAGUAUAAUCCCGUGGAGGUAAAAGUUAGAGAAACCAGCGAAGGAGUUUACUCUUGUAGUUAUGUGCCAAAGCGAGGUGCCAAGCAUACUGUGCAAGUGAAUUAUGGAGGUGUUCCAGUGCAAGAUAGUCCCUACAGGGUUUUCGUUUCUCAACCAACCAACCCAUCCAAAGUCCAGGUAUUUGGUCCAGGAGUGGAAAAAGGAGUCAGCUCCACGAAAUCUACACAUUUCAACGUCGAUGCAAGAGAAGCAGGUCCUGGCGAUUUACAAGUGACGAUUGCCGACGAACUGGGUCACCAAGUACCUUACGAGCUAAGCGACAAUGGCGACGGCUCAUACUCAGUAGAUUAUGCCCCACCAACCCCUGGAAAUUAUAAAGUAAGUGUCAAGUAUGCUGGCCAAGAAGUACCUUCAAGUCCCUUCCGUGUUCCGGUUCAACCUCACGUUGACGUUUCCAAAGUAAAAGUGGAUGGGUUGGAACCAAUCGCUCCAAUCAACAGUCUUCAGCAGUUUAAAGUGAUCACGAAGGGGGCUGGAAAAGCGGAUAUUUCCGUGUCAAUCACGACCCCUUCGGGGACCAAAGUUCAAGCUCACGUCAUUCCCAGUGCAGACGGCUUUCUUGUCAACUUCACUCCAACUCACUUGGGGGAAUAUCUUCUCAGCAUUUCCUUUGGCGGUGAGCCCGUUCGUGGGACACCGCACCGCCUCAUGUGCACCCAUGAAAGUGACGCUGGAAGAGUUAUUGCUCACGGUAUUGGGCUCAAGAGUGGCAUGGUGAACCACCCGGCAGAGUUCACCAUUGAUACUCGCGGUGCAGGUCAGGGUGGGCUGGGAGUCACUGUUGAAGGUCCGUGCGAGGCGGCGAUCAAUUGUCGUGAUAAUGGAGACGGGACUUGCUCCGUCGCCUAUCUCCCCACGGAAAUGGGCGACUACUCAAUCAACAUUACCUUCAACGACGAACAUAUUCCGGGCUCUCCGUUCCAAGCUCUCAUCUCUCCAGAGGCUGACCUCAACAAUAUUAGAGUGUCCGGAAAUGGAAUUAUGCCACACGGUGUAUUCGCUGACUCCCCGACUGACUUUGUUGUCGACACGAGAACCUUGUCCAGCACAAACCCUCGUGGGAAAGUAACAUGCUCAAUCACCAACCCAUCAGGAGCCAAGACGGACAAUUACAUCACGCCCAUGUCCGACGGGACUUACCGCAUUUCUUACACCCCUUUCGAAGAGGGAACCCAUCUCAUUGACAUUUUAUAUGACGGAGUUCCCAUUCCCGGAAGUCCUUUCGCUGUGAAUGUGAGAAGAGGUUGUGAUCCUAACAAGGUCAAAGCCUUUGGACCUGGUUUAGAGCGUGGCGUUGUGAAGAAACCCAACAUCUUUACGAUAGAGACAAAAGGAGCCGGAACUGGGGGCCUUGGGCUAGCAAUUGAAGGUCCAUCAGAAGCUAAAAUGACCUGCAAAGAUAAUCGCGAUGGAUCUUGCACUGUUGAGUAUGUCCCAACGGAACCUGGAGAUUACGACAUUAGCAUCAAAUUUGCUGAUAAAGAUAUUCCUGGGUCGCCUUUCAAAGUACCUGUUGACUACACGGUGGAUACCACGAAUGUACGAGCGUAUGGUCCAGGUCUUGAUCCCAAAAAUGUGAGAGAAGGAAUACCACAAACCUUCAAAAUCGACGCUUCCAAAGCUGGUCAUGCACCCUUAUCUGUGGAUAUUGUGGGUUCUAAAGAGAAGCCAGAAAUCAGGGAUAAUGGAGAUGGAACUUAUGACGUGACCUACAAACCACCCAAAGAAGGAACCCCCAUUGUGGCCACUGUAAAAUGGAAUGGAAAAGACAUCCCAAACACACCUGUCCACAUGAAUGUACGACCAAAAGUGGAACCUGGUAAAGUGAAAGUUUUCGGAAAAGGAGUUUCGUCCACUGGGAUCCCUGCUUCAAUUCCUGUCGACUUUACCGUCGAUACAACCGAAGCUGGCUUUGGCGAUUUGGAAGUUCAAGUGCUGGGACCUGAUAACUACCCAAGAAAAGUUAAAAUUACCGACAACAACGGAGAUGGAACAUUCAAAGCCUCGUACACUCCAGACGAUUGUGGAAGGUAUAAAGUGAACGUAAAGUAUGGUGGAAAGGAAAUUCCCCACUCGCCCUUCCCCGUCCAAUCCUAUGCCACUGGUCAUGCGGAUAAAUGUAAAAUAACUGAAGGACUUCAUCAAGCCUUGAAUAUUGGUGAAGAAUAUUGCAUAACUGUCAACGCAAAAAAUGCUGGUUCUGGAGCUGUCACUUGCAGAAUACGAUCAACAUCCGGAAGCGAUGUGGAUAUCGAGGUGGACGACAACCAUGAUGGCACAUUUUCUAUUUAUUAUAUGGUCAAAGACAUUGGAGAAUAUACCCUUAGUAUCAAAUUUGGUGGUCAGCCAGUUCCCGAUGGAUUUUAUACGUUUACAGCAGAUACAGACGGUUUCGUGAAAAAGGAACGAGUGGAACGGUACAACGCCACCCCGCACGCGACCAACCUCACCCAACAAACGACGACAACCACAACCACGCAAAGAAGCACCACCACAACUACCACGACCUAUCGACCCGUUGAACUUCAUAAUAUUCCAUUACCAACCACUGGAGGACACGUCGUAGCCGAAAUCAAAAUGCCGAGUGGAACAGUUGACAAGCCGAUGAUUGAGGACAAUCGAGACGGGACAGUAAGUAUUCGAUACGAUCCUCGAGAAGAAGGAUUGCACGAGCUUCAUGUGAAAUACAACGGGGAACACGUCCAAGGGUCUCCAUUCAAGUUUCACGUGGACACAAUUUCUAGUGGAUUUGUGACCGCGUAUGGAUCUGGGUUGACCCACGGUGUGAGUGGAGAGCCGUGCAAUUUUACUAUUUCGACAAAAGGAGCUGGGGCAGGGGGAUUAUCGCUUGCUGUGGAGGGUCCAAGCAAGGCUGAAAUUAGCUGCCAUGAUAACAAGGAUGGCACAGUUUCCGUUUCCUAUUUGCCUACUGCCCCUGGAGAAUAUAAAAUUUCGGUUAAGUUUGGGGAUAAAAAUAUCAAGGGGAGCCCAUUCACUGCCAAGAUAACUGGUGAAGGUCGAAAGAGAAACCAGAUUUCCGUCGGAUCCUGCAGCGAAGUAACGUUUCCAGGUAAAGUGACAGAUGCUGACUUGCGUGCACUCAACGCAUCCAUCUGUGCCCCCAGUGGGCUGGAAGAACCCUGUUUUCUCAAGCGUUUACCCAGCGGAAAUAUUGGAAUUUCUUUCACUCCGCGUGAAAUUGGAGAACAUCUGGUCUCAGUGAAAAGGAUGGGGACGCACAUUGCCAACUCACCAUUCAAAAUUCAAGUUGGAGAAAGGGAAGUGGGCGACGCCAAAAAAGUCAAAACUUCGGGAACUGCUUUAAAGGAGGGCUCAACUCAUGCAGACAACACGUUCAAUGUGGACACCAGGAAUGCUGGCUAUGGUGGUUUGUCCCUCUCAAUUGAAGGGCCGAGUAAAGCAGAGAUCAAAUGCCAGGAUAAGGAUGACGGGACGCUGGAUAUUUCUUAUACUCCAACAGAACCUGGAUACUAUAUUGUCAAUUUGAAAUUUGCUGAUCAUCAUGUUGAAGGAAGUCCUUUCACCGUGAAAGUCAGCGGCGAAGGCUCAAACCGUCAACGAGAACGAAUUCAAAGACAACGCGAAGCAGUUCCACUAACCGAAGUUGGAUCAGAAUGUCGUUUAACAUUCAAAAUGCCAGGAAUAUUACCACUGGAUCUCUCGGCAACCGUCACAAGUCCGGGUGGUGUAACGGAGGAUGCUGCAAUUAACGAGGUUGAAGACGGUCUUUAUGCCGUUCACUUCGUCCCCAAGGAGCUGGGUGUGCACACGGUAUCUGUCCGUUACAAGGACAUGCAUAUUCCCGGAUCCCCCUUUCAGUUUACGGUUGGAGCCCUUCGAGAUGGUGGAGCACAUCGUGUCCACGCUGGCGGUCCAGGUUUGGAGCGUGGCGAACAAGGGCAGCCCUGCGAGUUCAACAUCUGGACCCGAGAAGCAGGUGCCGGGUCGCUUGCAAUCUCAGUCGAGGGCCCGAGCAAAGCUGAGAUCGACUUCAAGGACCGAAAAGACGGAUCUUGUUAUGUCAGCUAUGUCGUCACCGAGCCUGGUGAAUAUCGCGUUGGGAUCAAAUUUAAUGACCAGCAUAUUCCAGAUUCUCCAUACAAAGUGUACAUUUCUCCAUCAGUGGCAGACGCUCGAAAGGUUGAGGUCUUCCAACUAAUCGGAGGGGCUGUCCAACCUGGAAAACCGGCUCAAUUUAUGGUCCGGAAGAAUGGAGCUACUGGAAAUUUGGAUGCCAAGUUGAUCUCUCCAUCCGGAGUGGAGGAUGACUGUUUCAUCGCCUGGGUGGAGGAUGACGUUUACAGUAUUCGAUACGUCCCUAAAGAAAAUGGAAUCCACAAUAUCCACGUUAAAUUUAACGGGGUUCACAUCACCGGCUCUCCUUUCCGAGUCAAGGUUGGGAAAGAUGACGCUGACCCGGCUGCCGUCAAUGCUCAUGGCAAAGGACUCAUGGAUGUGAAAACUGGACAAAAGACGGAUUUUAUUGUUGACACUUGUAAUGCAGGGGCUGGACAUUUGGCAGUUACCAUCGAUGGUCCAUCCAAGGUGUCAAUGGAUUGCACCGAAGUAGAAGAAGGGUAUAAGGUCCGAUACACCCCAUUGGUACCCGGAGAUUAUUACAUCAGCGUCAAAUAUAAUGGAUACCAUAUCGUUGGGAGUCCAUUCAAAGUAAUUUGCAGCGGAGAUGACCUAGCAGAACGUGGAGCUCAAGAGACGUCAUCAGUGGUGGUUGAAACGGUGCAAAAGGUAUCAAAAUAUCACAGCAAGGGACCCGUAUUGCCACUCUUUAAAUCCGAUGCGUCCAAAGUCACCUGCAAGGGAAUGGGCCUUAAAAAGGCAUUCAUGCAGAAGCAAAAUCAAUUUACAAUUAAUGCUACGGAUGCAGGAAACAACAUAGUUUACGUGGGAGUUUACGGUCCGAAGGGUCCGUGCGAGGAAGUUUUCAUUAAACACUUGGGACACAACAACUAUCAAGUUAACUACACCGUGAGAGAUCGAGGAGAAUACCUUAUCAUAUGCAAAUGGGGAGAUGAGCAUAUUCCAGGUUCUCCAUUCAAAGUCGAUGUUUAGAGAUUUUCGGUUUUGAUACUGCGACAACUAUUACUACCAUCAUUAUUAUUACUACGUCGUCAUCGUCGUCGUCGUCGUACCACCCAUUCAUUUGUUCAUUCAAACCUCUGCCAUAUUUACCACUUAUUGUUUUUUUAUAAAAUGCACUCGUGCAUUAAAAAAUAUUUGAAGUGAACAAUUAGAUCUGCUUCCUCGGGAAAUUACACUACAUAUUUACAAAGCUAUAAGUUACAUAUAGGUACUUAAGUUAUGAAACCUAUUUUAGUCAUGAUGGUAAAACUUAAUGAUUUAAUGUCAUAAAAUAUAGGAAUCCCUAUUUAGAAACUAAUUUAAUUUCCCAGUAAAAGUAUUUUGUUGUUUUUUGUAAUUGUUUUCCUUUCUCCUUGAACUUAUACAUAUUUAUAAGCUAAAAUACUAUAUGGAUCUAACUAUAGUAUUAUUAUAUAAGUUCUGGACCAUACCACGAUACUAUUUUCCACAAACCAAAUAGGUGCUUGUGAACCAUAAUAAGCUUUACCUUAGCGUACCACAACUACAUACUUAUAUUACCUGCAAAAAAAACUUGUAAUUAUUAAAAUUCUACUAAAGACUACAAUUAUUAUUACAUGCAUAAUGCAAUCAGGCAAACCGAUAACUGUUUCCUCACGUGCGUAGUAUACACAUAUUACGUACGAAAUAUAUACAGUCAUGCUCACGAAAUAAUAAUGCCACCCAUACAUAAUAAUAAUCAUCAUUUAAGAGGGUUAGGUCUUAAACUAAAGUUUUUCAUAUUAAAUGCCAAAUUAACAUGUUCAAUGAAUCCAAGAUUGCUAAACGUUGCUUAUUUGUAAGGACCGAGUGAAAUAUAUAUCAAAUUUUUGGCAAUAUAUUGACAUUAAUUAAGUAAACUUUUGUGAACCUUAUACAGUGAUGCGGGGGGCGUAAAAGUAAUGUUAACGUGUAAGAAGAAUAUUGUUAGGAGAGAGGAAGAAUUGUGAAUCAGUCAACACAAGUGCGCUGGUCGAUUAAAAUAUGCACAUGAGUUAUAAUAAUAAUGAAGAUUAAUAUUAAUAAUAAUACUGUUAACAAUAAUAACAAUCAUGGAAAUGUAUGGAUUGCUGACAGAUUGUAUUCUGCAAGAGUGGAAUGUUCUAAAAAAAGAGUAAAAGUAUAUGUAACGUGGAAUGUAGCAGUUUUAGUGAUCGAGUGCUUGUAAGUAAGAAUGUGGGGUUUAUCCAGUGCUAAUUUAUUCACCCAAUACGUAACCCGGUCUGUUCAUUGUUGUUUGUUCAAUCCAAUGAAAUCGAAAUAAAUAAACAAGUGCCUUAAUGUAAACAUAAGGAUUCAGAAAAA